AUGCAGACAAUUAAGUGCGUUGUUGUGGGUGAUGGUGCCGUUGGUAAAACGUGUCUCCUGAUAUCCUACACAACAAACAAAUUUCCAUCUGAGUAUGUACCGACUGUUUUUGACAACUAUGCUGUCACAGUUAUGAUUGGUGGAGAGCCAUAUACUCUUGGACUUUUUGAUACUGCAGGGCAAGAGGAUUAUGACAGAUUACGACCGCUGAGUUAUCCACAAACAGAUGUAUUUCUAGUCUGCUUUUCAGUGGUCUCUCCAUCCUCAUUCGAAAAUGUGAAAGAAAAGUGGGUGCCUGAGAUAACUCACCACUGUCCAAAGACUCCUUUCUUGCUUGUUGGGACCCAAAUUGAUCUCAGAGAUGACCCCUCUACCAUUGAGAAACUUGCUAAGAAUAAGCAGAAGCCUAUCACUCCAGAGACUGCUGAAAAACUGGCCCGUGACCUGAAGGCUGUCAAGUAUGUUGAGUGCUCCGCACUCACACAGAAAGGCCUAAAGAAUGUAUUUGAUGAAGCAAUAUUGGCUGCCCUGGAGCCUCCAGAACCGAAGAAGAGCCGCAGGUGUGUGCUGCUAUGA